CCAGGCGGAAGUGAGUGCCGGUGUCAUCCGAGGAGGAAGCUGGCGGAGGGAACAGGCGUGCUGUCGAGCGGCGGGCUUGGGGGCCCAGCAUGGCGGCGGAGCGGCUGGGCGAUAUGUGGGCCGAGACCCCCCUGGAGAGCCGGAUCUUCUGCUCGGUGCUGCUCUUCUCGUGGGCCGUCUACCUGUGGGAGGCGCUGCUCGCUUGGCGGCAGAGGACUGUGUACAGGACAACCACCCAUGUUCCACUGGAGUUAGGACCGAUCAUGGACUCGGAAACAUUUGAGAAAUCUCGCCUUUAUCAAUUGGAUAAAAGUGCUUUCAGCUUUUGGUCAGGGCUGUACUCAGAGAUAGAGGGCACAGUGAUUCUUCUGUGUGGAGGAAUCCCUUUCCUUUGGUCUGUAUCUGGAGACAUUUCAGCUCGUGCUGGUUUUGGGCCUGAAUAUGAGAUUGUUCAGUCCUUGGUGUUUCUGCUGCUUGCUACACUCUUCAGUGCUGUCACCGGUCUUCCGUGGAGCCUCUAUAAUACUUUCGUCAUCGAGGAAAAACAUGGCUUCAACCAGCAGACUCUGGGAUUCUUUUUUAAAGAUGCAAUCAAGAAGUUUAUAGUGACCCAGUGUAUCCUGCUGCCAGUAACGUCGCUCCUACUUUACAUCAUUAAAAUAGGUGGAGACUAUUUCUUCAUUUAUGCAUGGCUUUUCACCUUAGUAGUUUCUUUGGUCCUUGUCACAAUCUAUGCAGACUACAUUGCUCCCUUGUUCGAUAAAUUCAUUCCACUCCCUGAAGGAGAGCUGAAGCAGCAGAUUGAGGAGAUGGCAAAGAACAUAGACUUUCCUCUGACCAAAGUGUAUGUGGUGGAAGGUUCCAAACGGUCUUCCCACAGCAAUGCCUAUUUCUAUGGCUUCUUCAAGAACAAGCGUAUUGUGCUGUUUGACACUCUCUUGGAGGAUUAUUCUGCCCUUAACAAAGAGCGCCCUGAGGAGCCUGGCUCAGAGAACCAGGUGGCUGGAGGAGACGGGGAAGAUGCCGAGGCAAAGGCUAAAGCCAAGAAUAAGAAGCAAGGUUGCAAAAAUGAAGAAGUCUUGGCUGUGCUGGGUCAUGAGCUGGGGCACUGGAAACUUGGCCACACGAUUAAAAACAUCGUCAUCAGCCAGAUGAACUCCUUCUUGUGUUUCUUUUUAUUUGCUGUGUUGAUUGGUCGAAGGGAGCUCUUUGCAGCUUUUGGAUUUUAUGAUACUCAGCCAACCCUGAUAGGCCUGUUGAUCAUCUUUCAGUUUAUUUUCUCUCCUUAUAAUGAGGUACUCUCCUUCUGCUUAACUGUAUUAAGUAGGCGAUUUGAAUUUCAAGCGGAUGCAUUUGCCAAGGAUCUUGGAAAGGCUACAGACUUGUAUUCCGCUCUGAUCAAGUUAAACAAAGAUAAUCUGGGAUUUCCUGUUUCAGACUGGUUGUUUUCAAUGUGGCAUUAUUCUCAUCCUCCACUGUUAGAAAGACUUCAAGCACUGAAACAAUCGAAGCAAGACUGAAUGAAAUAACUACUGGCUCAAAGGAGCUUCCAUCCCAAAACAAAUUUCCAGUUUCUAAAAACCAUCUAUACAUAUAUAUAUAUUCAUUCCAUUCCUGAGCACACCAUUCUGCAUAGCAACAUGUGCUGUUCACCUUAUUUGAAAGUAGCGCCCAAAAAUCCUGUAUCCAAUUUACGGAACUGAAUUUUAAAGAGAAAUACCUUGCGGGGACUGAAUUGGGAAGGAAUGAAAUAUGUAAAGUUUUAUCUGAAAAUCUUAACAAAGCAGUACUUGAGGGGAAAGUUUUACUUGUCACAGCCUGAAGUAUCCAUGCUUGAAUUUGUGAAAGCUUUGAAUGUGACUUUUGUACCUUUUAAGCAGUUUGUCUGGGUGUUCUUACAGUACGAUAAACUUCUAGCUUUCCUACCUCAUUCAAUGAGGGGGUCUGAUCCUGGAUAACUAUCCUUCCCCCCCUCCCCUUUUGACCGUUGGAUUUCAAGCAUUUAAACCAAACGCUCUCUGGACUGAAAGUGUGAACUUUCCCCUUUAGGUCCAAGUUCAUACCUGCAAUGAAUGAAAAGGCUACUUUUUACAGAGAAAAUAAAGUCACCUUUCUCCCUGUAUGGGGAAUGGAGAAUAAAUUGCAGCUCAUGAAACAU